UGAAGCCCAAUUUGAUAAAUGAAAAUCGGCGUUUUCCCCAACAUCAAAAUUUGGGAGCAGGUUUAUUCUCAACAGUGGCCGCCACUCGUGCUGGUCUUACUCCUAUCAUCCUCAGAAGACGUGAGAAGAAACGACAAAUUAUCUACAAACUAACUGAAACAAGGACAAUCAAAGACAAACGUCAAGGAACUUCUUGAGUAGCUACUAAACUACGGAGGACAACGUAAACAUUGUAUAAUUUUUUCUGCUAGGCCUGAAGAAUAAAGUAGCACUAGCUCGAAGAACGAGGAUAAGGAGCAAUUGACAUCAGAGGAGCAGACCGAAAAUAGUAAGUCUGGUAAUUGGUCUACUACUUCUUGAUCAGAAUUCUUAGUGCAUACAGUUCCACUCCACUACCUUCGAAUAUAGUAAAAAUAGAACUCCAAAUUACAACAAGAGUGCAUGCGCACCUCAUUUAUUCAAGGAGUAAAGUUGCAAAAUCGUGUUAACCGAAGAAGCAAGAAGAACGACCCACGAAAAGUUAAAAUCAGUUUUUUUUUUUGAUAUCGAUUUAAGUGUACUAAACUUCAUUUAUUCUGCUACAAAAAAGAAAAAUGGAGCAGCGCCAGCAGUGCUUGACGUUGGCCGAUUCCAGCCGGACGACGGGUCGGCGUCUUCCGGUGGAAAAAAACCCCAGCUCCCUCGGAAGGAAAGCGAUGAGCUGUUUUUCCCGCCUCGUGCUUCUUUACCACGUUGCUCCAGGGGCGUCACUGCUGUCUGGAGUUUCUGCCUUUGCUCUGAACGGCAAAGCGCACAAGAAGAGCCAGGCUGGGGCUGCGUCAUCGCAACGUAGUGCAGCUGCUCAACGGGGGCAAGAGAUAGAAGCUGCGCGGUUGCGAGAAGAACAGCACAAGAGCAAGUGCAUUCGGCAUGCCGAGGCGAAAAAAUUAGAGUGUCACGCCGAUGCACACGGGUCUUUCGACAGCGUAGUUGAACGUACAACUGGGGAACAAGUAUCGAGCGUGUCGUCCGUGAACGAGAAGGUCAAAGAAAUCUCGAACGCCGUGAAAGCAAUCACGCAACUUCUUGUCGUGGGAGAUGAUCGAGAUGACGCAGGAAAAAUCGGAGCAGGUGCGCGGCCCCGUGGAGGUGAUGAAGGCGCGCCGGCUGCUGCGGUUCUUUGGGGGCAAGAGCAGUUCUUACCGGCCAUGAAAGCCGCUGUGGUUUAUCAAGAUGAAGAUGAAAGUGAAAGCGAGCUGCAGCGGCCUAGGUUCAACUACCUGGAACUUUGGAAGCAAUUGGGCGCCACAUCACUCGUCCGGCCGGGACUUGGCGAAGCGGUGCGCCUCGUGAAAGCAGCCAGGCGCUGCGUGCUCCCGCGGAAGAGGUUUGUGGAGGAGGGUUGUACAGCGCACGUGACGAACGCAACGAAGGAACACGGGUACGCGGACAGAGAAUUCGUCGCCACGUGGCAGGCCUUGGAGGAGGCGCACGCCGUUAUCAACGUCAUGGAAGGUCUCUACAUCCGCAACGCGGUGCUCCCGGCGCAGCAAGACUACCUGCGAAGAAAGGUCGAAGCAGCAGCGUAUGAGGAAAAAAAGAGGCAACAGGAGGAGCUUGCACAGCUAAACGAAGAACGGGCCACGAAGGAGUUGGAGCAGGCUGCCGCGGCGGAGGAGCAAGAAGAAAUCAGGGCGGUGCGGACGAAGGUUAUGCAAAGAAAAAAGCGUUUGUGUUUCAGCAACACAUUGUGUUGCAGGCCAAGCAAGACCGACAAGUUCUGCCAUGCCCGAUAAUAAGAAAGUAUGCAGAGGAACGACCUAGUUUCAUAGAUACGUGUCUGCCCUCACGAUCUCUGCAUUGCAAGUUUUGCCUGUAGUACUAGUCAUGCAGAGCUCCAAGUUUAUUCGUGUCGCAGUCGAAAAGGCCGCUGAAGUCGUUAAGUACAAGAAUGAAAUGUGUAGCUGGAGUAACACUUUUUUCUUGGGAUAAGGGUGGUGCAGAAACUUAGCAAGGACGAGAAAGAAGUGGUCCACUGGGAGGCCCUCAUUCAGGAAAUCGAGCAGGAGCGCGAGACGGCCCGGGACCGCGAGAGAGAAGAGUGGGCGCAACGCCUGCUGGAGAUACAGGAGAAAGCGGUCCGGGGCGAGCCGAUCUGUAUGCGGGACCUCGCCCCCGUGUCCGGCGUUCCCGACCCGGUGGAAAGAGCGCAGCAAAGAACGCAACAGGCCCAGCGAAGUGCCGACCAGCAGCGAAGGCUUCGUAUGACCCGAGAAACUGGAAUGAAGUCCGGACAGUUGGAACGUUUCGAACAGAGUGCAGAAUUUCAGUCCUUAAACCAGAAACUAGAGGGAAAUGUUAUUAAGUGGGACCUCGGCGCGUGGCUUUCGAAGGGGGCAUUGGAGGCCUUUAAAAGCACGCUCUUCAACGGAGAGAUCGACGAUCUCGAGGGCAGGUUGAAUCAAGCUUGCCGGGCAGGAGGCCCGUUUGCGCAGAACCUUUUAACGGGCGAAACUGCGGGCGUAGAAACCAUCUUGCGAGAUACUCCGUUUGGCAGACGCGUUAAGUCAGGGUUAUACACAAUUGCAGCAGAAAACCAACAUCAGAUCGUGUGCAAGGCCGCGGUGAAAUGGGCAGUCAUCCUGUACGACCGGCUGGCGAUUGACAUCUACAAGGCGAACGUGCAUUUUGCCAAGAAAGGGUUUGCAGGGGAGCAGGUCACCGCGGAACAGGCAGUCUCGUAUGGCGUCUACCCGGCGUGGGAGAUGAGGGCGUCGCUGCGGGCGCGUCGGAGUCCAUCUCCACGAGAUGAGAUGACGGCCAAGGAAGAGGAAGCGCUCGAGAGAGCGGACCGAGUGCAGGAGACGUUGCGACGGAAAGCACAGCUAGACCUGACGGAGGAGCAAAGACAAGUCCUUAAAACCGAACAAAUUUUUACAUUUCAUGACACAAGUAUCAAGAAGCAACGGGGCAAGACGAGAGGAGCUGCUGCAAAUCAAGUGAGCAAGAAGGAUAUCAGCAAGCGUUUUGACGAGGCGGAGAGGGUGGUGGCUGAGGCGGAGAGGAGGCUAAAAAUACGUGAAGCGACGUACCAGAAGAGCUGGGAAAUAUGGCAGCGUCAGCGAGAGAGGAGCCUGUCGAAGAUGAGCAUGAGCUCCGAGGCGCUCAAGACCGAGGCCGAGGCGCUGAAGACCGAGGCCGAACAGCGCGGGACCGCCCUGGCGGCUGCACGGUACGAGAUGAGGCAAAUCAAGGAACGUGCAAGGUUUGAAGAUGCAGGCGCCCCCAUGGAGACUCUUCUUGAAAGGUACGUCGCGGGCUUUCGGGACGUCCUGCAUGUGCAAGGAGCAAUAAAGCCGCAGGUGGGACAAGAAAAACGGGACGGCAAAGAAAACACCACGCAGCCGUUCGCCGGACUUCUUUCCCAGUGGAGUUUACCAGCAGCGGAAGGGGGGCCGAGCCUGCGGGUCGACAAGAUUGAGGCUGGCGCGCUGCUGAAGAGCCUGCAGCUUAAACUUCCCAAAGGGGUAGAGUUAAAGGAUCUGAGUGUCCUGUAUCCUUAGCAAAAACGUGGCCACCUUCCCAGAGUUUGAAUUGUCAUGCAGACAUCACAACGGCAUCGGCAACGGCAUACAGGAACGCUUGUCCUGCCCAUCCCCAUGAGAGGGAUUUUCAGGCGAAUUUUGACAUCUGUAAGGCUGAAAACAGCAUAAGGCGAUGGCUUUAUGAUCCGGCUGCCGUUGCUAACCUGCACUACAAUACAGAGAAAGACUUGCCAUGUGUUAAUAUUCGCAAAACCUCUCCUGCUGGAUCUGUCUUUGUGUUGCAGAGUUCCCAACUUGACUAUGGGAUGGGAUCGUUUUUACUCAGGAUAUGCUCAAACAGUUCAACGAGUUGGUGUCGGUACAAGCGAACGUUAUCCCACAGAAAAGCACACCCAUGCCAGAACAAACUUGAAGUUAUGUUGCGGUUUUUCAUUUGACACCUUUUAGGUCUUUCAGCAUGACAACCUUUGUUGGUCACUCUAUAAAAGAUUGAUUAUAAUCGCUCCUGAAACGCACUACAAACUCUAUUCUCAAUGACGGAGAUGAAUUGCUUUUCUUGCGGUCUCCGCAGUACACAGAGGCUCUGGCGAGGCGAAAAUUAUAGCAACAGAAGUUUAAUAUCUUUUUCCUGGUACAUGGUCUGUGCUUUUCUGUAGGAUAAAGGAGAGGACCAAGAAAGUAGAAAAAGUUUCCGUGUACCGGAUUCCGCCUGGAAUCCACUUUCCUUUUUUGGCAAGUCUCUGUCUUCUCAAGCACUCCAAGUACUUCGGGGUGCUGCAGGUCUCGAAGCAGCUAGUGCUCCAGGUGCUCAGUGAAGAAGAGCGGAGAUUUCAGAUUCGCGGUCUGCUAACGGACCCUAAUAAAAACGGCAAGCUGGAAGUGCUCCAAACUUUAACAGAAGAGAUUUUGGAAGGCGGGCUUGUGCCCAUGCUGCUGCUGACCACGGUGGUUCCGGUGCCGAAACUACGGGGCGAAGCCGCGAAUCCCUCAAUUACUUCUAGCCGCUGCCCCUUGAGACGCUCCAGGAGCACGUCGCCGAGCCGUCGCAGGAGAAGCACGUCGCCGCCCCGUUCUCGUCCUGGCGCCUGCUGCAGGAGGCAGAGGCCAUCAAAUAGUGAUCGGGAAACUGCUGACCCUGAGGGUCAGAAAAACAACUCUAACUGUCCAGUGCAAUAACAAUAAGUAGUUGCUGAAGUUGUGGAUAAGUAGUAGACGAGGCUUGCUUGUCAUCUACUACAACACCACAUACCCCAUGCCAACGUCGUCCUGCGUGGCUCGUCUCCCCAAAAAUAAGUACCUCUUCCGGACUUGUCUUCUAUGCUGAAGAAUUUGUCCCAUCUUGACUAUUGGAUGGAAUGUGGCUACCUUUGGAUUUUGCUCAGGGUAGAUCUCGAUUUGUAGUUGUACUCGCAGAAGUUCCGUCUGUCCUCAUUUUUUCCGAAGGUUGAGGGACGAGAAGAACGCUGCUGCACUGAGUCAAGACAUAGUUACAGUUAGUUUAAAAAUGUUUUUCAAUUAAUUUCCAAAUGGGAAAUAAAUCUAAAUCAGUAUCGUUUGACAGGGGGUUCAAGUUCUGUUGACGAUGUGAAUGUUCAUUAACACAAGUGUAACCUUCACUACACCCACAGGCAGCUUUUCCAACAUCGGACGCGGUCGUGGGGAGUGGUUGUCAGUUUUAGCCACAGGCUAUUUUGUGGCUUCUUACGUAGUUGUAGUAAAGUUUAAAGAUAAAAGAAAAAGAAGUAUUUCCCAUGCUGGUAUAGAAAGAUGAUCUCGAACUUUUUUGAAAGGGUAUUGAGACGUCGGAAGAUCCUGUCUUCCAUGAAGAAUUACUGGCUCGCGAUGAAGUAGUCGUGUAUAAUUUACUAGGUUGUACUAAGUAGUUCAGUGGUAGAAAAGAACGAAGCACAAGCGUUGCUCUGCUAGACUUGUGGGUCAAAGACCAAAGAGCAGCUACAUACUGCCGAUGAUCCUCGGACACUGCAAAGAGAUAAGGGUUUUCUGCAGGGGCCUGUGGUCCCCGCUUGUGUGUGGCGCAA